UGUUCUUCAACCUUAGUUUCAUUCGGAUGCAGGAUUCCGGGAUAACUUCUCCGUCUACAUAAAGUUAGAAAAGAAAGUGCUCCUCUGGUCAACGCAUAUAAAAAAUGAGGUUCGAGCAGGCACAGUGGAUCUGUAGUAAUUCAUGAUAUGAAAUCGGGGAAAGUAUUUUUCCCAGUUUCUUCCAAUGUUUCUUCAACAAGAACUCUCGAGCUCUGCGACCCGGUCGCUGCUUUCAAAGUCGUUUCUGAGCCGUUCUCCACUGUCCGUAAACAUUGAUGUUGGCAAUACAGAGAUACACGUGUAUACCUCGAGGUCACCAUCAUCAUGUUCUGCACAGUUAACCGCACGCGACGAACUCAAUGCAGCAGGCACUAACGCAGAAAUGAACAGGUUUGGUUGAUCCUUCAUUCCAGUUCUCCGUCUCCAUCUACAGCCCUCUGCCUCCAGUUACCAGCAUCUUCGAGGAGCUGCGUGACCUGCACUUACGGGGGAAGUACAAAGUUCGAAUAGCUUGAUUGACCUCUCUGUGUAACUCAUCCCCCCUCUCCACUGUUUGUCUCCCACUGAUAACUCUACAUUAUGCGUGCACAGAUACCACCGAAUACCACCGUUGAGUUCUUCUCGUUACGGUCGACGUACGACCCGCCCUCUCAGCGCAACGCAGCACGUAACCACGCUGACCGUUACCAGUCGGAGUCUGAGUCCCUCACUCCCAUAGCAGACCCCAUCGCCAGGCUCACACGAGAGUGCAGUGCACUACGUCUGAGACUCGCCACCGCUGAACGUAGAGAGCGACAAAGCCUCUACGGCUCAACAUCGCCUGCAUCCUCCAGUGCUACUUUGUCUGCUCGUACUCCACCUUCAAAUCUGAAGCAUUUGACUGUGGAGCCUCCAUCAUUCACACAGGCUGGAGUUAAUUCUAGGGUCAGGACUACUAGCACGCUGACCUAUACCUCUGAGGUCGAAUCCGUUGCUACUAAUAAAUCACGACCACCACGCCGUGCGAAUUCUCGGGCAUCUUCCAUACGCUCUACGGACACAGUACGUCCAAAUCGUCCACCCCGUCCACCACGACCCGUAAUCAGAAUCAUUCCUCCCGAACUUAUUCCCGAAGUUGGCCAGAAACGUAAGGGCCCUGCCAGAGACAGUAUGAAACCAGCUGAGCGAUGCAGGCAGCUGGAGAAGACACUUCGAGAGGUGCAGGAAUUGCUUCGCGUUCGAGAUCGCGAGGUCGAGGUCUUGAAGAAGGAGAGAGAUCGCCUGUUGGCUGAACGAGACAAGGAAAGGAAGAUGGAGAAGGAAAAGGAAGCCGCUCGAGACCGGGAGAGAGCAGAAGAACGCGAGAGAGAAAGGGAGAGGGCUAGGGAGAGGGAACGAGAGAAGGAGCGUGAACGCGAAAGAGAGAGGGAACGUGAGCGAGAGAAAGAACGCGAGCGGGAAAGACAGAAGGAACGUGAAAGAGAGCGAGAACGAGAACGUCUUCGGGAACGUGAACGUGACCAUUCACCCGAACGAACCGAUCGCGAGCGUACCUCGAGUCGACGCUUCGAUGCCACGCAACGUCCACUCUCGUCCGUCACCGAGAUCAACACUUUGGACCGUACCGCCAGCAUAAGUCCGCACGUUCGUCGAAGCAAGUCUCAAGCACCCUUGAACGAGUACCGACACAAUGUACCGGCACUCGGUCCUGAAUCAGAGCAGCUGGCUCAGCUUCGUUCUCUUGACGUCUUCUUGACAAAGACGGACACAUGGUCCGGCGCACAGGUCAUCCAAGCAGUAGAAGACCUCAAUGCUGAGAUUACGCACUUCGCUGCUUCUGCAACCGAGUCUUGUGUGUUUGAGCGAAGGACGCCUGUGCCAAGUGUGAAGGGCAGAAAGGGAAAGGCGAGACGAAACCGUAAUUCCGAUGGUCACUCGACCCCCACCCGGCAAGGUCCAAGUCAAGAUAUGCUGGAUAGCGUACCCUGGCUCGGUCAGGCGUUUGCUCGCAUAUUGGCUAUGCGGGACCAUGCCCAGGACCCAAUGCUUGUACAACUCGCUUUGCAGGCUAGUGUAGCUAUAUGCUGCGCGAGGUCGUUGUCCUUGUUCUGUGUCGGGUUCCCUUCCAAGCUGGAUGGACUGCUCUCCCGUGUAUUUGCGCAUAUGCAAGUUGCAGAGCCACAACCUACGUCUUCUCGAUGGCGAGCCCUCACUCAUCGUUCUAUUCGCACUUUAUACCCCGGACUUGAAGAAUAUGCUAUCUCGGAACUUGUCACAACGAUGCUUCGAUGGUCAGCAGCUGUGUUCACGCUUUCAGGCUGCGCGACAGCUUCUCCGAAUGCCAAUCACGGUGCGAAAGACCCUGUACUGGGCUCUCCCACUCUGAGAGCCCAGCUACGGAGGAUCGCCGAGGCGGUGUACAAACUGGCGAAGAUCACGAGGGAGGAGAUCCUGUCGACUUCGUUCGAGGUAGUGCUUGUGGAUGCAGGAAGUCCAUAUGAAGGUAUUUCCAUGGCGAACGCAUUCAAUGGCCAACAUACAAAUGGCCAUGCCAACAGUAGAGGAGGGAAGGGAGAACAGGGAAGUGUGCUCUGUACCACUGAGCUUGGGUUGAAGUGCAUAACAAAGAAAGUAAAAGGUGUGAUUGGGGAGGAUGGAGAGACGAAAGGUGUCGAUCCCUUUGAGCGGAGGGUGUUGCUACCGCCGAAGGUUGUCCUGGAUUCUGCAGUUGACGCGCUCACAUUAGAAUGAUUGCAUGACGAUGAUAGGGAAUGUACGCAUGGAUUUCUUUACUUAUUGCAUGAACAACCGACCGUAUUACACCAUCUGUAUAAGUAACUAGCGUUGUACCAGGGCCUUGUCAAACAAUACAUAAACCUCUCAACCCUGAAGCCCGAGACCGCAAUGCUCACCGGGAUUGGCUGUUAAGCCUACCAGUCCUCAUCGUCGGACGUUUUCGAGUCUGGAUGUUGUGGGAAGUUACUUCGUAGCUCUAGCCUGCCCACCUUCAUUGAGUCCCAUAUCUCUGCGAACUCCUCUUCUUCCACUAUCUUAGAUGCCACGACAGAUAGCCUCUCGACCAUCUGAGUAGCAUCCUUGCGAAGCUCU